UUCAACUUGUUCUUGCCUGCCCCUUGCUGGUGAAACUUUGAUUCUCUCUACUAUAAAGAAAAAAAAUGGGUCUUAAAGGUAAAUUAACUGCCCAAAUUGAAAUUAGAGCUGGUGGAGAUGUCUUUCAUGAACUGUUUAGGUACACACCACACCAAAUUCCCAACAUGAGCCCUACUACUAUCCAACGUUGUGAUUUGCAUCAAGGAGAGUGGGGAACUGUUGGCUCCAUCAUCUUCUGGAAUUACACUCACGAGGGGAAGCAAAAAGUAGCGAAAGAGGUAAUUGAAGCCAUAGACGAAGAAAAAAGGUCUGUGACAUUUAAGAUCGUUGAGGGUGAUCUGAUGGAGUUAUACAAGACCUUCACAGCCAGUUUUCAUGUUGAAACAAAUGGUGACGUCGAUUUGGUGACAUGGACUUUCGCGUAUGAGAAGCUAAAUGAUGACAUAGAAGAUCCACUAUCAUUGUUGGGUGUUUGCAUUAAGCUUACUAAAGAUAUUGAGUCUCACCAUCUCAAGGCAGCCUAAUAUGCAUAGGAAAGUCUCACUAAGCCAUCUCAAUUUGUGUAUGCGAGUAUGUGUGUUUCUUUUUCGUCUUAGUAACGAAAUAAAUAGUGCUUGGUGAUGUUUCUGAGUGAAAUAAUGCUGUGGCUUGGUUAUACUUGGUUUCAUUGAGUGAUUAAGUGGAUUCUUAUUUUGUGAAAUAAUUAAAGUGCAGAAUGUUAGAGAAUCUCCAAAUCAGAUUUAGAAUUCUGCAUAAUAUCUAUCCAUCAUGUAACCAUUGUAUUCUAAAGUUAUUCAAUCUCUAUCUUCUUAGUU